AUGAAGUCUGUGGCCAAAGUACUCCAAUAUUUGGUCAAAUCAGGACCCAAAGAGCUCAACUCUCACACAGUGCACAAAGCUACCCCCAGUAUUAAAAAUCUUUCACCGAAUAGCCACAAACGCAAAGACCUCAUCAACCUUCUGCUAUGCAACGUAGAUUCACCCACUUUCUCGCAGCAUCCGAUUAUAAACACUUUUGCAGACCUAGGGCGACCGAUUCAUAAUACCAUGGGCAGAUACACAAUUUGUCUAACGACCGAGGAAUAUCGUAUGUAUACCUAUGCCAAAUUCUUUGACGAUCUCUUCUUUGCAAAUAAGGUGAGGGAUCUCUGUAGCCUUCUGCGAAAAGACACAGGGGUAGAAAGUGGUACAUUCGGCGAAUUUGUGCAGUGGAGAGGGAAGCCACAGGUUGUAAUCUAUACCGACCUUGGUAAGAGGACGAGCUUGACAAAUGAGAAAGAAAAGAAAAUCUUUUUGGAAAGACUUCUGGCUGGGAUGUGCUGGGCAUUUUUGUAUAUUUAUGAGUGCAAGGAGCCAUGUUGCUCGGGGUCACAAGAAGGGGGCGCUGAGCUGGAAAGACUGUUUGACGAACUGUCUAGGGUAUCGGAGAAGGAUUUGGGUAUUAAGUUGGAGUUAGAAUGGAAGGAAGAAGGGUUUUUGAGGAUAGGAACGUCCCCCUUUUCUCCUGUUCGCCAUGGUGCGACAAGGUUCUAUUAA